AUGAGUUCCUCCCCUGCAGCACCGGGCGGCCACACCCACUACACAGUCCUCGGUCUCACUCGCAAGCUGCUGCAGGAACAAGCGGCAGAUCAGUCGCAACAAGUCAUCAAGCGGGCCUACCACAGGGCUCUUCUCCAGAACCACCCGGAUAAAUACCCACAACUAAAGGGUGACGGAUCUACAGCCUCAGAUUCGGCAAGUUCAAGGUCGCCAGCGAAAUCUGACGUCUUGACAAUUGAUCAAAUUUCCACGGCAUACAAGGUCCUGUCGGAUACCAAGCUCAAGGCGGACUAUGACAGGUCUCUCGAUCUCGCACCCAACAACCAAGGCUUAAAGCGGGAGGAGGCGUUCCAGACGGGUAUUGAGAACGUGGAUCUUGACGAUUUGGAAUUCGACGAAGGACAGGAGUGUUGGUACCGCAGCUGUAGGUGCGGGAACUCCCGAGGCUUCUUAUUCACGGAGGGAGAUCUGGAGGAGGCGGGUGAGAACGGGGAAUUGCUUGUUGGAUGUCAAGAUUGCAGUCUGUGGAUGAAGGUCCAUUUCGCUAUAGUGGAUGAGUGA